AGGCAGUGAUGGCUCUCCAGAAGACCCUUUCAUUGCUUCUGCUCUCGCUGCUGACCCUGCGGCUGGGGCUGCUGGUGCAGCCCUCCUAUGGCGAGACCAGAUAUGAAAAAUUCCAGCGGCAACAUGUUGACUCUACAGGGCCAGGUGGCACCGACUUUUACUGCAACAGGAGGAUGGACAAACAGGGGAUGACUAGGCCUAAGUGCAAGGAUUUCAACACCUUCAUCCACGAAAACAUCAGGACCAUUAAUAACAUCUGCAACAACCCCAAUAUUCUGUGCAAAAAUCGCUAUGACAUGAACUGCCAUGAGGGUGUAGUGAGAGUCACAGACUGCAGGCUUAAAGAACGUUCCCCGCACUGCAGUUAUCAGGGCAGGGGCAGCACUAGGCGUGUUGUCAUUGCCUGUGACGGUUGCCCCCUGGUGCCUGUGCACUUUGACAGCUAGAUGCUACCCUGCAGGGGUUA